AUGUCCCCACCCACCAUAACAGGAAUCCAUCUCGUCGGCAGUAUACCCUUACCAACCACAAAAGAAGUCUUCACAACCAUCACCCGCGCCCUCCCAAACGGUCUCCUCACCCGCAUCCCCGAUGGCGAAGUAGGCGAACGAUGCAACUUCAUCACGUGGCAGGGCCGAAUCCUUGCGAAGAAAGACUUCCUGCUUAGGGAGACGUUCCGCAAAGGAUUGAAACUGGAUCCAGUGCAUUUAGAGUUGAGCGCUGAAGAGGUGGAGGAUGGGAAGAAAGAACUCGAGGCGUGGGAAAUGGAAACGGAGUGGGAUAGGUUUGCGUUAGCGAGUUGGGAGGUGUCUAAGGAGUCGAAGGAGGAGGGCGUGGUGGGGGAGGAAGUGAGGUUUUUGGUGUGUUUGCCUAGUGCUGUGACGAUGACGAGUCUGUGUGUUAGGGAGGAGUUUCAGGAGAUUUUUGAGAGGGUUUAUGAGAGAGCGCUGGUUGGAGUUGUGGAGCGGUUGGGGAGUGUUAUACCAAGAGGGGACGAUGUCUGGAAGAGCGGGAGGGGUGUGCCAUGGUUCGAUGAGAAGGAGAGGUAUAUGGUCGAUGCGCUGGCGAGGUUGUGUGAUGCUGUGGGCGAAGGGGUUGAGUGUGGGGUGCAUUUGUGUUAUGGGGACACUGUGUUGAUGGUUGGGCUUGCAGAAGGGGUGUUGGAGAAGGUGAAGAGGCGUGUUGAUUAUGUGCAUGUGCCCGUGCCGAAGGAUCGGGAUGAUGGCGCGUACUUUGAGCCGCUGAAAGGGCUGCAGAGGUAUGUUGAUGAUGGUGUGGAGCUGAGUUUUGGACUUGUUCAUGCAGAUGAUUUGGAGGGCACGAAGCGCAGGAUCAGAGCAGCCGGAAAGUUUGUUUCGACCUUCAGCGUGUCGACCGAGUGUGGUUUGGGCCGUCUCUCGCGAGAAAGGAUGCAGACUGUGCUCGAGAUAUUUGCCGUUGUUGCAACACCACGUCCUAGGAUGUGA